GCGCUUAGAGGGUACGUACGUCGUACAGUAGCUGACAACCACAGCUCACGCGGCUGCCCGGUUUGUCGCCUUAUGGGCCAGGCUAUAUCUCUCCUUCGCUCCAAUAUUCUUCAAACUUUGGCCCCAGUCCACAAGAAACUCGAAGCCGCUGCUUGUCACCGAGAAAGCAAAUAUCAAGAUGUCUUCAACUGGAGCCCCACCCAACUACUAUGCUAUCCUCGAGGUCUCGGAGACCGCUACGGUAUCUCAGAUCCGCGAUGCCUAUAAACGAGCCGCCCUGAAGACGCACCCCGACCGGGUCCCCGCCGAAUCGCCCGAGCGAGCGUCGCGCACGCGCAAGUUCCAGCUUGUCAACGACGCCUAUUACACCCUCUCCGACAACGGCCGCCGGCGCGAGUAUGACGCCCAGCGCAGGAUGUUCGGCGGCGGCGGGUCGUCGUCCACCGCGCCGGGCGCAUUCCCAGACGCCUUCGCCGAGGAGGACGCGGAAACUCCCAGCGCGACCGCCGGCGCCGGCGCCGGCCAGAACGCGUACUCCUGGGCGUGGAACUUCUUCACCGGCCGGGGAGCCGAGGGUCGGGACCGGCAGGAGGCCGAGAACGAGCAGUUCGGCGACGUGUUUGAGGAAAUGCUCCGCGAAGAGGGCAUGGCCGAUCCGGGCACGGGGCGGCCGACGAGUAAGUUCUGGGGCGUCAUCGGUGGCAUGAGCGGGGGUGCGUUGGGUUUCAUCGUCGCGAACGUGCCUGGGCUGCUGGCUGGUGCCGUGGCGGGUAAUAGGCUUGGGGCGAUCAGGGACGCGAAGGGGAAGAGUGUUUAUUCUGUCUUUCAGGAGCUGCCCCAGGACGACAGGGCAAGGCUUCUUAGCCAGUUGGCAGCAAAGGUGUUCAGUAAUGUGGUUGGAAUCUAGGUUUUCUUGGGCCUCAUUUGGGGUACUAUUGGCAGAGAAGUCGGUGGCUUGCCAUGGUCAGGCUCCUGAGAUUCUAGAUUCUAGAUUCUACUGGGCGGACGAGUAUAUGAAUAUGUUCUGUCAAGUCAUAGCAGGCGGUGCAGACGAUAUUUUCACCAAGGACGGGACGGGGUUUCCUUAAAAAGGCGUCAAGCGACGGACUGGAGGGGCUGGCGCAGAG